AUGGAAAACUUUUCUAAUUAUUUUAAUACUAAUGGUACGGUCGUGGCUAAUGGAAAGACUCAUUCAUACCACAAAAGCGAUGUGUGCAUCAACGAUAGUUUACCGAAAGAGUUAAUCAUCAGGGUUUUUUCUUACUUAGAUAUCACUACUCUAUGCAAAUGCUCUCAAGUUUGUAAAUUUUGGUAUGAAUGUGCUUUCGAUGGGAGCAACUGGAAGAGUAUUAAUUUAUUUGACUUCCAGCGAUAUGUGCAGCCCAAAGUAGUUGAAAAAAUCGCCCAGAGAAGUCGCGGCUUCCUCCGUGAGUUGAGGUUGAAAGGCUGCCGAAAUGUUACUGAUGAGGCUCUAAAAUGUUUUACUGAACUUUGUCAUAUGAUUGAAAGUUUGGACUUAUCGGGAUGUCAAAACUUGACGAAUGGAACUUGCGAUUAUUUAGGGAAAAAUUGUUCUCUUCUGACUACUUUGUCCUUGGAAAGUUGCUCUCGUAUAGAUGAUGCUGGAUUAGAAAUGCUAAGCUGGUGUUCAAAUCUAACAUGUUUGGAUGUGUCAUGGUGUAGUGUUGGAGAUCGUGGGCUAACCGCUAUCGCCAGAGGAUGUAAAAAUUUACAAAGAUUUCGUGCUAUAGGUUGUCAAGAGAUAACAAGUCGUGGUGUGGAACAAUUAGCACGUCACUGCCAUGGUUUAUUGCUGUUAAACUUGAAUUAUUGUGGACAGGGUGUCACAGAUGAAGCUAUGGUUCAUCUUUCCAUUGGUUGUCCUGAUCUACGUGUACUAGCUAUAUCACAUUGUUCAAUAACUGACCAAGGUCUUCGUGCAAUUGCUGGCACAUUAUCGCCAGCUGCAGCAGCAGCUAUCGUUGGACAAGCUACAUCUACCAGUCAGCAAAAUGGGAUCCCUUUAAUUCUUCCGGUAGUAACAAGCAAUGGAAGCGUUAAUAAUCAAGAUGCUUCAUCACCAAACGGUAAUGUUAAUAAUCAUGGAGAUCGAGAUAAUAAUCGACGCCAAAAAACUAAUGAUUCUAAUAAGAUAACAUUGAUUCCAGUUGGAUGUGUUAGCUUAACAACUUUAGAAGUGGCUCGUUGUUCAGCUAUCACAGAUAUUGGCCUAUCGGCAAUCGCACGUGUUUGCAAUAAACUUGAAAAGUUAGAUCUAGAAGACUGUGCGUUAGUGACUGAUUCAACUUUAGCUCAGUUAGCUGUACAUUGUCCACGUUUAAAUACACUAGUAUUAUCACAUUGUGAUCAAGUGACUGAUGAAGGUAUUGCACGUCUAGCUGAAGGCCUUUGUGGUCCUGACCAACUGCAAACAUUGGCUAUGGAUAAUUGUCCAUUAUUAACAGAUGCUGCUUUAGAACAUCUGGGCAGUAAUUGCCGUAAACUUCGACAGUUGGAUUUAUACGAUUGUCAAUUGAUAACGAAACAAGGAAUCAACAGUUUAGAGUUACAUUAUCCUCAACUUCAAAUUCAUGCCUAUUUCGCUCCUGGUACUCCGCCUGCAUUGACUUUUGCAAGACGACGUCGUUAUUGUCGGUGUUGUCGCAUAAUAUAA